AUGAGUGAAGUCUUCGAAGGAUACGAGCGUCAGUACUGCGAGCUCUCUGCCAAUCUCUCUCGAAAGUGCAACUCUACUUCUCUUCUUCCCGAUGGAGUGGAAAAGAACGCAAAGGUCAAUGAGAUUAAAUCUGGACUGGACGAUUGUGAUGUUCUGAUUCGGAAGAUGGACCUCGAGGCGAGGAGCUUGCAGCCGAAUGCGAAGGCUAUGCUUUUGGCCAAGUUGAGGGAAUAUAAAUCUGAUCUGAAUAAGUUGAAGCGGGAAUUUAAAAGGAUAACGUCUGGUGAUGCUAAUCAGGCUUCCAGGGAAGAGUUGUUGGAGGCUGGGAUGGCUGAUGCCCAUUCGGUUUCUGCAGAUCAAAGAGAAAGAUUGACCAUGUCAGUAGAGAGACUAAAUCAGUCUAGUGAUAGAAUUAAGGAGAGCAGAAGAACCAUUCUAGAGACAGAAGAUCUCGGUGUCUCAAUUCUUGAAGAUUUGAAUCAGCAACGCCAGACUCUCCUACAUGCUCAUAACAAGCUUCAUGGAGUAGAUGAUGCUAUUGACAAGAGUAAGAAAGUCCUCACUUCGAUGUCUAGAAGAAUGACCAGAAACAAGUGGAUCGUUGGCUCAGUAAUUGCUGCACUUGUUGUAGCAAUCAUCUUUAUUAUCUCAUUCAAGAUUUCUCAUCAUUAA